CCCAAUCAUCAAGUAUGCCUCUUCAAUAGUGCGCCAUGGCUACAGGCCGCCUCAUGGAUGACGAAUACUCUGCUCCAGCUAGCGACACCUUCGACCAAGAGGGUUCGCAAAAGUACGCCAAAGGUCCGGUCGGGCUGCUUGACUUGCAAAACGCGCAAGGUCAAAUGCGACGAACAAAGGCCAUCAUGCAGCCGCUGUCUCCGCGCAGGCCGCAAAUGUGACGGCUAUGCAGCAAUCAAGCCAAAUGCCAUCACCACGUCAGGGAUCGCAGCAUACAGCAUUCCCUUCAAGAUCCCCGGUAGCCAAACCGAUCGCCAGCUUCUGCACUACUAUUGCUGUCAAGCAUCGUGGAUACUGUCGACGUAUACUGACCCGACGCUCUGGACAGAAUUGAUCCUCCAGCGCAGCCACAAUGAGCCCAUCAUCCGUAAUGCAUUGGUUGCACUCAGUUCGCUGCACAAGGAUUAUCUUUGCGGAGACUUUCAGCCAGCAUCAGCGGGUGACGGCGAGUCUCGCUCCACACCAACCCCAGCAAAGACCGCAAGCAUGAUCGCCAGAUGCCACCGACAAUUGCGUAACUAUCUCUCCCGCAACGACGCCUCGGCUCAGGUCGCACUCAUCUGCAGCUUGAUUUUUUACACCUUCGAGUCGCUCCUCGGAGACUCGCAGAAGGCAACAUGGCACCUCGACCGUGGUCUGAUGUUGCUGAAGCAGUCCCAUCUCGACGAAGAAAGCCAUGACGAUCCACUCAUGGUUCAUCUCACGACGUUGCUACACAAUCUCGACAUCCAAGCCAGUGCAUUCGAUGACCGGCGCGCCCCAAUGCUGAAUUUAGUGUCUGAGUCUGAAUCAAGAGGUGUCGUCGACCUUGUCCCAGAUAACUUCUCGGACAUCUCCCAAGCGGAGAGAACAUUGGCUAAGCUUCAGAACUGGACACUAAACUAUCUCAUCAAGCAGGUCGGCCACAGGGGACGAACAAAAGAUGAGCUACCUGCAAACCUCCCGUACGAGCGUUACGCGUUGGCCACACAAUUCGACAGAUUCGCCGCAGCCCUCUCUGAUCUCACCGGCGCCCAAGAGGUCAAAGCUACCGCGGAAAUCGCAGCCCAACAUCGGCUAGACACUCAGAAACUCCUCCUCUGCCAAGUACACUUCCACUCCUUCCAGCACCUUUUCAGCGACUAUCUUUCCAAUCACAAACCUACACAAGCUAUCAAGGCCGAUGAAUGUCUUCACCCAUCGUCAACACCGUUCCUCGAGCACGACGUUGCGCAGUCAACCCCGGCACAUGACACCAAUGCCCUACCCAUCAGUACUGGAGGCCAACAAUUUCGGAACUCCCAGAACGCUCUGGAAACCACCCUGUCCAGCAUAACUUCCCUCCUGGGCCUAUCACACUCGAAAGGUCAACCAACAUCCAGCCCGCCCAGGACCUACACCCUCUCCACGAAUCUCAUAGCAGCACUAUACUUCAUCAGCCUGAAGACAACGAACCCGCAAACCCUAUCAUCCGCUUUACAGCUAUUCUCACAUCCCAGCAUCGCCCACUCUCGCGACGGUCUCUGGGACGCGAAGACUGCAUCGUUUGUCGUCCAGAAUAUACUUAAAUUGAGGCCCAACAGCCAAGCGCACAAAACCUACCACCAUAACCACAACUAUGACCGCACCCAUGAGCAUAUGGACAAGGGCACCAUGCCAACGAUGCACACAAUAAGACCCUACACACCACCCAACCCCUCCGACGCCCGCGAGAUGCAGAAGAUCCAACACAUGAGUCACCACCACAAUCUGCCUAUGAUGCAGUCACGCCGCCUGACCGUGGUUAUGCUUGAUCCAAAACUCGAACCUCAUACAAACGCAGAGACGAACACGCUCGGCCUGAUUAGCCCGACUACAAAUACCAUCAUCACUACUACCGCCAGCCAGCCUUGUGACCAUGACCUCUUACUUCUACCGCCAUACCUGCCGAGUAUCAUGCCCCCCUUUCUUCCUCAACAGCAGCAGAAGACCGCUCCUUUUCCGCAUACAUCGCCCAGUACGAUCCCGAGAAACAAAGACAGAGACUGUGAAUACAUGAGUAGCCUCAGAGAAUCAUGGCCUCCCGUGUCCAAUUGUCGUGUCCCAACCAAUUUCCGUCUCGGGAGAUUCAGCCCCUGAACAUGCAUCUCGGCUUAUCUGGAUGAGCUAUGGCUGGAGCACUUGGCAGGGAUUAUGCAAUACAGUCAAUCGGUAAAAGUCCGUUCCAUUUAGAGUAUGGUGAGCAGAUCAAAUUAAGAUAUCUUGAUCUUAU